AUGUUACCCAAAGUUCUCCUCAUGCUCCUCAACAUAUUCCUGGCCCUCCAGUGGAGGGUUGGACCUCACAUUAAACUGGAGAAUAAACCCCCUGCCCAAGAUAAUGUAGUCUUCGGCCCUCAGCCUCAGCCUGUGUCUAAACCUCUUAGAGAAAAAGAAACAGAAGUCACUGUUGAUUGCACGACUGAGCACUCAGGAGAGAACCUGACAAGAGCUUCUCGAAUCCUUAGCACCAUCCUGAGUAACUAUGACCAUAAACUGCGCCCUGGCAUUGGAGAAAAGCCCACUGUGGUCACUGUUGAAGUCUUUGUGAACAGCCUCGGGCCUAUUUCCACCCUGGACAUGGAAUAUUCCAUUGACAUCAUCUUCUACCAGACCUGGUAUGAUGAGUGUCUUCGUUACAAUGACACCUUUGAGACCCUUGUUCUACAUGGCAACGUGGUGAGCCAGUUGUGGAUCCCAGAUACCUUUUUUAGGAAUUCUAAGAGGACUCAUGAAUAUGAUAUCACCAUACCCAACCAGAUGGCUCUCAUCCACAAGGAUGGAAAGGUGUUGUACUCAGUUAGGAUGACCAUUGAUGCGAGAUGUUCACUCCACAUGCUCAAAUUUCCAAUGGAUUCUCACUCUUGUCCUCUGUCUUUCUCUAGCUUUUCCUAUGAUGCACAUGAGAUGAUCUACAAGUUGGAGAAUUUCAAGCUCAAAAUCAAUGAGAAGAACACUUGGAAGCUAUUCGAGUUUGAUUUUAUAGGAGUGACCAACAAAACUGAAAUCAUCUCAACCCCAGUUGGUGACUUCAUGGUCAUGACUUUAUUCUUCAAUGUGAGCAGACGGUUUGGCUUCAUUGUCUUUCAAAACUAUAUCCCUUCUUCUGUGACUACAAUGCUCUCCUGGGUCUCCUUCUGGAUCAAGAUAGAGGCAGCUACAGCCAGGGCCUCUGUAGGGGUCAGUUCUGUACUCACCAUGGCCACGCUGGGCACCCUUUCCCGUAAGAAUUUCCCUUGUGUCUCCUAUCUCACAGCUUUGGACUACUAUAUUGCCAUUUGUUUCGUCUUGUGCUUCUGUGCUCUACUAGAGUUUGCUGUGCUCAACUUCCUGACCUACAAUGAGACGAAACAACAGGCUUCUCCAAAGCUCUGCCAUGUAAGAACCCGUAGCUGUGCUAAUACACGUACUCGUGCUCGUGCCCGCACCCGUGCUCGUGCCCGUGCCCGUGCACUCCAGCAGCAGGAAGUGUUUGUGUGUGAGAUCGUCACCUAUGAGAGGAAUGCUGAAGAGGAGCAUCAGUGUUGCCCAGUCCAGCAGUCUUUAAGCUUCAGAAGACCCCAGUGUCCCCGGAGGCGAUGUGGCAGAAGCUAUGUGUGCUUUAAGGUUCUCAGAAAGUAUUUCUGCAUGGCUCCUGGUUGUGGGGGCAGUAUCUGGCAGCGGGGCCGCCUCUGCAUCCAUGUUUACCGCCUGGAUAACUACUCGCGGGUGCUUUUCCCCAUUACAUUCUUCUUCUUCAAUGUGCUGUACUGGCUGAUUUGCCUCAACCUGUAGGCUCCAGCUGGUAGCUCAUGGGGCAGCCUCUCAGUUCCCCAGGAGGUGCCAAGCCCCUUUGCCAAGGGAGUUAGGAGACAACAGCAACAGCAGCAGGAGUGCCUAGAGGGAGUUUUUUCUUCCCUGGUUCCCAGUACAAGCCUGUGGAGAGUUUGUCUCUGCUGGCCCUCUUUCCAUUAGCCUUUUCACUCAAUUUUCUCAACAGCCCUUCUCAAGUGACAGAAGAGCAUUCAUGAUACUCAGUGUGCCCACAUUUGAGCAGAUAAGAUAUCUCUCAAUGAUGUUUACAGCUACUGUCUUUCCCCAGAAGCCCAUGGUUCCCUUUGUGGUGCUAAGGGGCAUAGCUCAGGCUCAGCCCCAGAAUGCACAGAGUGACAGUUUAGCAGAAGGAGGGUCCUCAUCCAUAAGUCUUCAAGUCAGACCAUUAGAUUCUUGGUUUUUUUUUCCUGACCUCCCGUCCUCUACACACACACACACACACACA